AUGCCAGUUCAAUCGUUGCCAAAGUUGCUAACUUCUAGUAAAGAUCUCAUGAUUUCAGGUUUCUUCGUACAGUGGGUAAUGUGCACAGCCAUUUUUACAGUUGGCAUGAUAAUUAAUGCAUACGAAGGUUUUCCUAAAUUUUACCCGCUCGCAAUGCUUGGUGGAAUGUCUUGGACUAUUGGUAAUGCAACAGCGAUACCAAUUUUGCGAGUAAUUGGUUUGGGUAUGGGUGUAUUGUUAUGGGGCAUCACCAACUGUCUGAUGGGCUGGGCAAGCAGUCGCUUUGGUCUAUUUGGCCUUAAAAAGAAUGUUCCAAAUAAUGUCAUUAUGAACUACAUCGGCCUAGGAUUGAUUCUCUUCGGGUAAAU